AUAAUGCAAACUUUAAAGUGUGUUGUUGUAGGUGAUGGUGCCGUUGGAAAGACAUGUCUGCUAAUGAGUUAUACCAGCAAUAAUUUCCCUGGAGAAUAUAUUCCUACUAUAUUUGAUAAUUACAAAGCUAAUGUGAGAGUAAACGACACCUGCGUCCAGUUAUGUUUGUGGGAUACGGCUGGUCAGGAGGACUAUGAUAGAAUACGGCCACUCUCUUAUCCACAAACUGAUGUGUUCUUGAUCUGUUUUUCUUUGGAAAGCCAAGCUAGCUUUCUAAAUGCAGAACAAAAAUGGUUUCCAGAAAUCCACCAUCAUUGUGCAGACGUCCCAACUGUAUUAGUGGGAACAAAAUUGGAUAUCCGGGAAAAAAGCACAAAGGGUAAUGUCGAAGGUAAACACGGAGACAAACAAAAGCCAUUCGUGUUAUACAAUCAAGGGCUCGCAAUGGCUAAUAAAAUGGAUUCUGUCAAAUACUUGGAAUGUUCAGCAAAGACACAAAAAGGUGUGAAAGACGUUUUUGAUCAAGCCAUUAAAGCAGUGUUGGUUCCGACCAAAACCAAGAAACAUAAACAUAAAAAGUGUCAUGUUUUGUAACGUAUAAAACAAUGUGUAUACGAAAAAUUGUAAUCAAAGAAAUUUAAAAUUGCAAAAAUCGAGAACUACACAUUCUUUAAUUCGUGCAAUUAUGUUUACUGUACAAUAAUUUUAUACAAAAUGAGAUAAGAUUUUAUUUCCAUCUAUGUUUCUAUGAUUAAGUACAUGUACAUACAGACUUUGGAACAUUCGAUUCUUUUGGACUAUUUUUAAUUAGCUCUGUAUAGAGACUAUGGAGCAUUCGAUUAUCUUGACCAGUAUUUCUUUUUAUUAUGUAUAUAUAAUGUGACGUACUCUUUUCUCAUGACCAGUAUGUACAUUUAGUGUAUUUAAUUCUAUAAUAGACAAAAGGAAGAUUUGAUUCUCUGGAUAAGCGGACAUUACUACAGGUGUCGCUUGGCUAACAACGCCAAAAACAACAGAAAUUCACCAAUAGCGCGAUGUUUUUAAAUAAAAAAAAAAUAGAACUUAAAGACAGCAAUAAUAAAGAAAUCAAUGUCGUGGUUGAUCAUCUUAGAGUUACCUUUCGUUGUUUAAGUAAUUUUGGUAAUUACUCACUGACAUCGGCCUGGCUCUUUGACUUAUCGUCUUGAGAGUACCUGAUAAAGUAAAUCACUGAAACAUGUGUCGUGUGUUAUUUAAAGGUCUGGAAGUGGUCAUCCAUUCUGUAUUCUUUUAUUUUUGAGGCCAUUUUUCUAAUAUUUUUUUCUCUCUGUCCAUUGUUCUCUAUUCUUUAUACUUUUGGACUCCAUUAUUCUCUGGUUUAUUCUUUAUUUUUUUUUUUGUCUAUUAUACUCUAUUCUGUAAACGUCAUUUAGACCCUCAUUUUACGUUCUUAUCACAUGAUUGUUUUUCAAGCAGACUUAUCAGGGGAAAUACAUGUUGUUGUUGAUAAAUUUGGAUAGUUUCCAACUUUAUAUAUACGUAGUGUACAUAUACAUUUACAAAAUAAAACAUAUCUAAUAGUU